GGCGGCUGUGGCGGUAGCGCGCAGGGGGCUGCGAGGGGCGGCAGCUGCUUCUCGCGAGAGUUCGGGCUCUGCAGCUGUGCUCCAGCCUGUCCCUGGUUGAGCUGUGAGUGUCCCUGCCCCCCGUGGUUCCCAGCAUGUCCCUGAGCAGCGCUGCCCGUGCCCAGAGCCUGCUGUGUGCCGGGAUCCGGCGGCUCCUGCUGAUCCCACAGCCAUCCAGAGGGGUCUCUUACAAAGCCGUGGUGUUUGAGGAGAGCGGGGUGCUGCUGCCAGCCCCCCACAGGACAGCCUCAGACUGGGAGGCCCGGAGCUGCGUUCCAGCCGGCACCGCCCAGCGAGCUGCGCUGUCUGGAGGGGAGAGCAGCCUCUCCCUGCAGUACUCCAGGGGAGAGCUGACAGCUGUGGAGUUCCUGCAGGAAUUGGGACAGCAGUGCUUUGAGAUUGCAAAUGUCCGUGUUCCCGUGCACUCCUUUCUCUGGGAUUUAAUCCGAGAGGAGAUGAGAAAACAGCUCCCCACAAUGGCAGAAGCAGCGCAGUGUAUCCGGGCAGAAGGGCUGCAGACGGCUCUGCUGAGCCACAGCUUGUGCCCCGGACAGAGGCUCCUGCCCCUGGAGCAGCAGCACUUCGAUGUGGUGGUUGAAUCCCAUCAGGAAGGGGUGCCCAGGCCAGAUCCUGGGAUCUACAAGCUGUGCUUGGAGCUCCUGGGUGUGCAGCCCCAGGAAUCCAUCCUGCUGGACAGCAGCAGCCAGAACCUGGAGGUGGCAGCCCAGCUUGGCAUGAAAACAGUGAAGGUUGAUGAUCCAGCAGCAGCACUCAAAGAGCUGGAAGCCCAUCUGGGGUUUCCUUUGCAAGGAUUUGUUCCCUACACUCGUUCAGUGAGACCAGGCAUGGAAAUCCCCAAGGAUCAUCUGCAGAAGUACCUUGAGGAUGUUCUUGGUGCCCACCCAACAGCCCCGCUGGAGUUACGGCAGUUUGAGUCCACCCGGAGCUAUCUGGUGAAGUUUGGAGGUCGUUUGCUGGUGCUGAAGAAGGAGGAGGAGCCUCCCUCAGGCCCCUCGGGCCUUUCUGUCUCAAGGGAAUACAGGGUCCUGAAGGCUCUGGCUGAGGCUGGUGUUCCUGUGCCCCCUGUGCUUGCUCUCUGUGAGGACAGAAGCAUCCUUGGCUGUCCUUUCCUGCUGCUGGAGCACCGUGCUGGCCACAUCCACCACAGCCUGUGCCUGCCCGCGGUGCCACCGCGCCAGCGCAGGGCCUGGUACGGGGCCAUGGCAAACGUCCUGGCCAGGAUCCACAGCCUGGAGCCGGGAGCAGCCGAGCUGCAGCAGCUGGGGGAGCACGGAAAUUACAUCCAGCAGCAGUUUGAGACCUGGACAAAGCAAUAUAGAGCUGUGGAAACUCACACGAUCCCAGCGAUGGAGAGGCUCAUCCAGUGGCUGCCUCUGCAUUUUCCUGAAUCCCAGAAGACAACAUUGGUGCACGGUGAUUUCAGGAUGGACCACCUGGUCUUUCACCCAGACAGGCCAGAAGUCCUUGCUGUGCUGGGCUGGAAGUUUGCCACUCUAGGAGAUCCCCUGUGUGAUGUGGCGAAUAACUGUGUGAGCUUCUUCCUGCCAGCCCCCUCUGGGGCUCGCAGAGGCUUGAGGAACUGUGACUUGGGGCAGCUGGGCAUUCCCACAGCAGAGGAGUAUUCCCAGAUGUACUGUGGCCACAGGGGAGUGGAGCACCCAGAGAACUGGAAUUUCUACCUGGCCUUUGCCUCUUUCCGCCGGGCUGUGAUGCUGCAGGGACGUCACCGCGGCUCCCUGGCAGGGAGGCCAGCUCCAGGUGACAGCAGCCCCAAGGAUGCAGAGUUUGUGGCUGAUCUGGCCUGGGAUUUUGCUGUUAAAGAAGGAUUCCGUGUGUUUGAGAGCCUGCCCCCCACAAAGCUGCUCCUGCGCCAUUCCAGCACCUGGGCCGGGCAAGGGCCUCACCUGGGCAGGAGUUUCAGCACCUGGGCACGGCCUGGGGCAGCCCCUGUGCCCAGAGCCCCCCUGGGCACUGCCCCCAGCAGCCUGGCGGGGAUGGCACAGGGGCUUUGCUGCAAGAUGGGCAUCCAGAGGGGCUUUCUCAGUUCCCAUUCCAGAGGGACUGCACGUCCUCUGCCAGAGCUGCAGGUCCCUGGAGCAAAACAUCUCCACAGAGCAGAUCCCAGCCCAGCACUUCCCCUGGACCUGAGCCCCACGUCUGGCUGAGGGUCCCCAGGGGCCACAGGACUCUCCAAACCAGAGCUGGGCCAGGAGCUGCAGCCCUGGGGGACCCAAAGCCAAACCAGGCACUCUGGCAUGGGAGAGGCCGUGCUGAGGGCAGCCUGUGAGCUCAGUCCCAGAGGUGUUUGGUGCUUUUAUUGCCUGGCUCAAUGCAGGGCCAAGUCCACCCUUGGAUCGUGGGGCUGCAGGAUCAGAGCUGCAGCAGGGAGAGUUGGUUGCAGUGACCA